AUGGCCAUACUCAGCCCGAAGACCUUCCCCCUGCUGCUCCUGCUGCACACGCAGCUCUGCCAUGCUCUCCCCAUCCUCACCGAGCCACCCAAAGAGAGCAGCAAAAACACUGUUCAGAAUUACCUAGAAAAGUUCUACCAAUUGCCCAAGACUCAGGAUCAAAUAGAAAGGAAGAACAAUGCUAAUGUGGUGGUUGAAAAGCUUAAAGAAAUGCAGCUGUUCUUUGGCUUGAAUGUGACAGGGAAGCCAGAUGCUGAAACCUUGGCGAUUAUGGAAAAACCUCGCUGUGGAGUGCCUGAUGUUGGUGAUUUUAUGUUAACCCCAGGAGAACCCAAGUGGAAACACACAGACCUGACCUAUAGGUGGAUUAGAAAUUACCCUUCCUAUUUGACACAAGCUGAUGUGGAAACAUAUAUCCAGAGAGCCUUUCAAAUCUGGAGUGGUGUGUCACCCCUGAGCUUCACCAAGAUCUCAGAAAGAGAAGCAGACAUCGAAAUUGGUUUUGUCCAAAGAGCGCAUGGUGACAAUUCUCCAUUUGAUGGGCCCAAUGGAAUACUAGCUCAUGCUUUUCAACCAGGACCAGGUCUUGGAGGAGAUGCCCAUUUUGAUGCAGAGGAAACAUGGACCACCUCCUCCGAGAAUUACAACUUGUUUCUUGUUGCUGCGCAUGAAUUUGGCCACUCCCUGGGGCUUUCUCACUCCUCUGAUGCGGGUGCCUUGAUGUAUCCGACCUACGCUUACAGUGACCCGAGCACGUAUUUGCUCCCUCAAGAUGACAUCAAUGGCAUCCAGACCAUCUACGGACCAUCAAACGACCCUAUCAAACCCACUGGACCAAGCACCCCCACAGCCUGUGACCCCAGAUUGACUUUUGAUGCUAUCACUACACUCCGAGGAGAAAUAUUUUUCUUUAAGGACAGGUACUUUUGGAGAAGACACCCCAAGCUACGCAGCGUGGAAAUGAACUCUAUCUCUCUAUUCUGGCCAGCCCUGCCAAAUGGAAUCCAAGCUGCUUAUGAAGAUUUUGACGAAGACUUAGUCUUCUUAUUUAAAGGCAACCAGUACUGGGCUCUGAAUGGCUAUGACAUUCAGCCAGGUUAUCCCAGGGAUAUCUCAAACUAUGGCUUCCCCAGCAGUAUCCAAGCCAUUGAUGCAGCUGUCUUCUACAGAAGAAAAACAUACUUCUUUAUCAAGAAUCAAUUCUGGAGAUAUGAUCAUGAAAAAAAAUCCAUGGACCCAGGAUAUCCCCAAAGCAUAGCAAGUACUUUUCAAAUAACAGAAAGUAGAAUUGAUGCAGUCUUCUAUCAGGAUUAUUUCUUCCUUUUCUUCAGUGGCCCAAGAUACUAUGCAUUUAGUCUUAAUGCCAAUAGAGUUACUAGAAUUGACAGAAGCAAUAAAUGGCUUAACUGUAGAUAA